UUAUCAUACACGAGUUUAAACCCGGGAUUUACUUAAUCCAGCCAGGACUAAGUUUACUCGUGCGCCUUUGGAAAGAGUUCCAUUCCCAAGAGGAGUCCCGACGCGUUUAGUCUUCCUAAAAUACACGAGCACGCGUUAGAAACGACUUUUUAACAACAGCCUUUUUAUUCAGCUUCUUGAUUUGACCAUUUUUUGUAUUUAUUCAUUCGCUGGUCGCUUUGUAACGGGAUUUAAACGCUAGCUAGUCUUUAAACUAGCUGAGUCCAGUAAAAAUGGGUUUACACCCGUUGGAGUUCAGUGAAUGUUACCUGGACAGUCCUGCUUUCAGGGACAAAAUCAAAGCUCAUGAAGCAGAGCUGGAAAAAACAGGCAGAUUCAUCAAAGAGUUGUACAAAGAUGGAAAGAAUCUCAUCAAUGCCACCAAACAACUUUCAUUGGCCCAGAAGAAGUUUGCUCAGUGCCUGGGUGAGUUCAAAUUCGAGUACAUCGGCGAUGCCAAAACUGACGACGAGAAGUGCAUUGAUGAAUCCUUGCAAGAGUUCUCCCUCUUUCUCCGUAACUUGGAAGAACAAAGAGACCUGAUGAUGAGAAACAUCACAGAGACACUGAUGAAGCCCUUAGAAAACUUUCGAAAAGAGCAUCUUGGCUCAGCAAAGGCAGAGAGAAAGAAGUAUGAGAAGGAAACAGAGAAGUACUACAGCUCCCUUGAGAAACUUUUGAACAUGUCAGCGAAGAAGAAGGAGCCACAAUUACAGGAGGCUGAUGUGUCGGUGGAACUGAUGCGACAGCACUUUCAGGAGACCUCUCUAGAGUAUGUUUGCAAACUGCAGGAGAUACAGGAGAGGAAGAAGUUUGAGUGUGUUGAACCUAUGCUGGCAUUCUUUCAGACUGUAUUUACCUUCUAUCAUCAGGGAUACGAGUUGGCCAAAGACUUUGACCAUUACAAAAAGGCACUCCAAAUCAAUAUUCAAAAUACACGGAAUCGUUUUGAGGGCACGCGCUCCGAGGUGUUCGAGUUAAUGAAGAGAAUCAAAGAGUCGCCACAGGAUUAUAGACAGACGAGCCCUAUCAGCAGCGAGGGCUAUCUUUAUGUCCAGGAGAAACGACCUCCACCUUUCGGAUCCAGCUGGGUGAAACGCUAUUCCACAUUUGUCAAAGAACAGAAGAUUCUACAUAUGAAGACGUUUGACCAGAGAUCAGGAGGGAAGCUUGGUGAGACCGAGUCUGUUACACUUAAAUCUUGUGUUCGCAAAACCACAGAUGCUCUCGACAGACGGUUCUGCCUAGACAUUGAGAUCACAGAUCGACCGGGCACAGUGCUGACAGUCCAGGCACUCUCAGAAGAUGACCACAAAUUCUGGAUGCAUGCGAUGGGAGGAAAAGAACCAAUGCAGUGUCUCAACCGGACACAUUCAAGAGAAAGAGGAAUUGACGCACAGUUGGAUGACGUGGGAAUAAGCUUUGUGAAAAACUCAAUAAAUGCCAUUGAAGCCAGAGGUAUUAAUGAUCAAGGUCUGUACAGAGUGGUCGGAGUCAGUUCAAAAGUACAGAAGCUUCUCAGUUUAAUGAUUGAUGAGAAGAGCAGUGACAUCGAUUUAUCAGCCAAUGAGGACUGGGAUGUCAAAACUAUCACCAGUGCUUUAAAACUUUACCUGAGGAGCCUUCCAGAGCCUCUAAUGACAUACGAGCUGUAUAAGGAGUUCAUCGUCCCUGCAAAGAGCGCUAGUCCAGAAUCCAGAGUUCAGGCCAUACACUGUCUGGUUCAUAAACUGCCAGAGAAGAACAGAUUAGUGCUCAGUCUGGUUACCAAGCAUCUCGCCAAUGUUGCUGCCAACAGCAAACAGAACCUGAUGACGGUGGCGAAUCUAGGUGUAGUGUUUGGCCCCACACUCAUGAGGCCACAGGAAGAAACCGUUGCAGCCAUAAUGGACCUCAAGUUCCAGAACAUUGUGGUGGAAAUUCUCAUAGAACAGCAUGAAAAGAUAUUCGGGGAUGCUCCGAGCAGCUCUCCAUCCUUAGCAACUACUCCCCUCUCUGCACCAACCAGACAGUCCAAGAGGCUAAGCCGACAGACUCGCCCGCUGGCUGUGUACAACCCACAGGUGCUGGAUAUACAAACAGUGUCUCCAUCCUCUGAGAGUGCAGGCCUGUGUAAUGAUGAGACAUCAGUGGGCAGUAAUGAGUCAGUCUCCUCCCAGUCCUCCAAUGCCUCUGGAACGCCUCCUGAGAAAUCCAAGAAUCACCACACUACCAUUAGCACAUCCCUGCAAGAAGGCACUGGGAUAUGCACUGCAACAGCGUCAUGGAUGAAUUCUGCCUCCCCUGCUUCUCUUACACCGGUGAAACAUGGAUCAGUCAGAACAGAGAAGAAUAAACCCGAGGAAAGUGUCACCCUCAUGAAAGCAAAGGCUGUGUACCCCUGUGAGGCUGAACACGAUUCCGAACUCUCUUUCCAGGUUGGCGCAAUCUUCCAUGACGUGACACUCUCCAGGGAGCCAGGAUGGCUUGAGGGUGUGCUGGAGGGAAAGCGAGGACUCAUCCCUGAAAACUAUGUGGAGAUACUGUAACUCCGAAAAGAAAGCAAAGGAAAAAAAAAUCCUCACACUUCUCUUUAUAUACAUGGUAUCCAUGGUCUCGGCGGCUCUUUCACAACAGCACUGCUUGUCGCUCCUCCAUCUUUGUCCACAUCGAAGGGGUUUUUAUGCUGUAUCCAAACAACGCAGAUAUGUUGCUAGCACAGAAAAUGAGUUCAAGUAUAAGCUAAGCUGUGCAGUGUGUGUAUUAAAGAGGCUACGUUUUUUAGAGAUUGGAAAUGUAAAUAUGGUUUUGCAUGAGGAAGUAUUCAUCCUUCGUUGUGACCGUCCGCUUUUAAAGUUGCAUGUCUGAUGAUUUUAGUUUGUAGUUUGGAGUUGUUCAGCGUUCAGUUAAGAUACAUUGACUGUCUUUUUAUUUAAUAUUAUCAAGUCGCGUUCAAUUAGGCAUGUAUUGCAGUAAAUUUAAGUGUAACGUUAUGACAGUGCAGUGACCAUUAUCGCUUUGGUAAAAUAAGUAAACUAUUUUGCUUCUUGGAACACUUUUUGAGAUAUACAUAGCAGCUGAUAUUGAUAUUGAAAUGCGAUUUAGUAAAUCAUUCGCAUUUAUAAAACUGAUGCUGUGCCUUAUGUUUAAAUAGCGCAUGGCAUGCAAGACGCUGUUCGAGAACUCAGAUAUUUUUUGAUAUUCUGUCUAUAGGUUUAAUACAAAAGAGGAAGAAAGAAACCUGGAAAACAAAACAAACCAUGCAGUCCCUUCUAAUAUAAUAUUGCCAAGUCUUACAUUUGUGUUGUGUACAGUACAUAGAAUAAUUUGUGUCUCUUCAAAGCCAAGCACUUUCCCUCUUUAAGUGGAUAAAAGGUUUAAAGUUACCACACACUCUUUGCAGAGACCUUCACUGAUUUCACUGAUGUUUAAUGAGUCCGUUUUCAUUUUUCUGAGAGCCCUGGUUCACGUUUGUGACUGAGCACAUCUGCGGUGAUUUAAGACAGUGAUUAAUGACCUCUGCAAAGGUCUUGGCAUUGAUAUCAUUUUUUUUGUGAUGUUGAAUCUCUUGUUGAUCAAUGUUAAAUAAAUAAAAUGUUUUAUUCUUA